AUGGGCUCUAAUGUAGGCCAAACCUCUACAAAACAAGAUGAUGAGCAUAUCUUCAGGAGCAAAUAUCCACCAGUACAAGUCCCUGAUGACAUGACACUGCCCGAUUUUGUGCUUCAUAACGUGGAGCUCUAUGCUGAUAAGGUGGCUAUUGUGGAUGCCACCACGGGGAAAGAGUUCUCGUAUGGCCAAGUUGCGAGGGAUGUCAGGAGGUUUGCUAAGGCGUUGAGGUCGCUGGGCCUGAGGAAGGGGAGACUGGUGGUCGUCGUGCUCCCAAACGUGGCUGAAUAUCCCAUCAUUGCACUGGGAAUCAUGGCUGCUGGUGGCGUCUUAUCGGGCACUAACCCAACUUCCCAUGCAUCGGAGCUCAAGAAGCAAGUCGAAGUUGCAGAUGCGAAGCUCAUUGUCACUGAUGCACCAACUUAUUACAAGGUGAAAGAUUUGGGACUUCCAGUAAUAGUAGUAGACGAAGAACGUGUGCAGGGAACCAUAAACUGGGAUGAACUGCUGGAAGCUGCAGACCGUGCAAGCAAUGAUUUUGCCAUCACCGAAGACGAGGUGGUGAAACAGAACGAUCUGUGUGCCCUUCCUUUCUCCUCAGGCACAACUGGGAUGUCAAAAGGGGUGAUGCUAACCCACAGGAAUCUGGUGGCUAAUCUUUGCUCCUCACUCUUCAGCGUUGGACCGGAGAUGAUAGGGCAGGUGAUCAUACUCGGAUUGAUCCCAUUUUUCCACAUCUAUGGGCUGGUUGGAAUCUGCUGCGCAACCAUGAGAAAUAAGGGGAAAGUGGUGGCAAUGCGUAGGUAUGAACUCAGGGCGUUUCUUGAUGCUCUCAUCACCCAUGAAGUCAAUUUUGCACCCAUUGUGCCACCCAUCAUUCUGGGGCUGGUCAAGAACCCUAUUGUGGAUGAAUUUGAUCUCUCCAAGCUCAAACUCAAAUCCAUCAUGACAGCUGCAGCUCCCUUAGCACCCGAGAUCCUCAAUGAAUUCCAGAAAAAAUUCCCUGGCAUUCAAGUCCAAGAGGCGUACGGGAUGACUGAGCACAGCUGCAUCACACUAACACAUGGAGAUCCAAGAAAGGGCCAUGGCAUUGCCAAGAAAAACUCAGUAGGCUUCAUUCUUCCCAACCUGGAAGUGAAGUUCAUUGAUCCUGACUCUGGUUUAUCUCUUCGAAGAAACACCCCAGGAGAGAUUUGCGUCAGAAGCCAAUGUGUUAUGAAAGGCUACUACAAUAACGAGUAUGAGACUGCACUCACAAUUGAUAAGGAUGGUUGGCUUCAUACCGGGGACAUUGGCUACAUCGACGAGGAUGGAGAUAUCUUCAUUGUGGACCGGAUCAAAGAGCUGAUCAAGUUCAAGGGAUUCCAGGUAGCUCCGGCUGAGUUAGAGGCCACACUUCUGAGUCAUCCUUCAGUUGAAGAUGCUGCUGUGGUCGGGUUACCUGAUGAGGAAGCUGGGGAGGUGCCGGCGGCAUGUGUGGUUUUGUCCGCUGGAGCAAAGGACAGCGUGGAAGACAUCAUGAACUACGUGGCAUCUAGCGUCGCGCACUAUAAGCGAGUCAGAGUUCUUCAUUUUGUUGACGCCAUUCCUAAAUCACAUUCCGGGAAGAUCAUGAGGAGGGUUAUCAAGGACAAGAUGGUGCAGAAUCUUACCACUGCAUCAUCCCAUGAUGUCCUUAAAAAGCUAUUGGCAUGA